CGUCUUCCCCACCACCGUCUCUCUGUGUGCCAGCCAGCACCUUCCGCUCUUUGCGACCACAUUCGUUUUCCAGCUCACUCGCUCUCUUUGAAUCAUCAUGCGUCUCUCGCUGGCCACUAUCGCUGCUAUCCUUCCCUUCUUUGUCGCCGCUGCGCCGACGCCCAGGUCCGCUGCGGGCGUGAAGCUCCCGCUUAAGAAGUCCGUCGUGUCUAUGAGCCUUGACACGCUCAAAGACGAGAUCACGUUUGUCAUGAACAAAAACGCCCUCGGGUUCACCAACUUUGCCGCCAACACUGGCUCUGUCCACGCGCUCGCCGCGAAGGACCCCUCGCACACCCUCGCUACCGCCCCGGCCCCGACCAUGGCCACCGGUGCCCUGCAGAGUGUGCACAACUCGAUCUGGUACGCCACCGUCGCCGUCGGCACACCCGCGCAGUACUACGCCGUCUCUGUCGACACCGCGAGCGCCGACCUCGUCCUUCCCGGCUCCGAGUGCACGACUUGCGACGGCCACGUCACAUACGACCCUACGUACAGCUCCACGUCGAAGAGCAAGGACCACGGGUUCAGCAUUCCCGACGUUGCAGCGGGGUCUUUGUACACGGAUGAUUUGUCAAUUCUCGGGUUAAAGGCAAACGGUCAGACCAUCGGCGUCGCCGAGGCGUACCACACCCCUUACCACGUCGACAAUUUCCCCGCGGACGGUAUCUUGGGCCUCGCGUUCGGCUCCAUCUCGUCGUUCAACUCGUCCUCGCCCUUCCAAACGCUCGUCACGGAGGGCCAGAUCGCGUCGAAGCAAUUUGGUCUCCGUCUCUCGGACCCAGCCGAGCUCACCGUCGGUGGAAUUGAUGCCACCGCGUAUACGGGCGAGGUGACUUACGUCCCCGUGAUGAAGCAGGGCUUCUGGCAAAUAUCCGUCGAUUCCCUCACUUCCUCCUCGUCCUCGAAGCCCGUGGCCUCGUCCUUCGACGCCAUUGUCGAUUCGAGCGCCUCCUUCAUCCUCGGCCCCGCCGACGCCGUCUCCGCGUUCUACUCUGGCGUGAGCGGCGCGACCGACAACGGCGACGGCACAUAUACUGUCGCGUGCGACGCGGCCCUCAGCGGCAGCAUCACGCUCGGCGGCACCAGCUUCGCGCUCGCGGCGGACACGCUCGUCCUCGAGAGCGACGAGAGCGGCACGUGCGUCGGUGCGGUGGCUGCGAACCAGAAUGCUGCGCACGACUACUGGGUCCUCGGCGACGCGUUUUUGCGCAACGUCUACUCUGUGUUCGACUUUGAAAAGCCGCAGGUUGGCUUCGCCACGCUGGCUUAAUCAGCGUCAUCUCCUUCGCUCUCGCUCACUGCCACGGUUCCGCUGUUCCGUCUCGUUGUGGCGACAGUGUGAACCCGCCGCCCCAUUUACUUGCUAUCCUCUCUGCGUACACUCGUUGCUUUCUCAUGUUUUCGUUGGGUAUUUAUUAGUGUCCGGACCAUGUCGGGUGUCCGAGGGUCAAGUUGGUCCGUUGUUCUUCUUCGUGUACAUUACCUCGUUGGGCUUUGGCAGUUUUUCUCUUCAGUUUUGGGGUUGUUCGUAGUCGAACAAAUGCGAAUGCUAAUCGAUGUUUUGGAUCUUA